AUGCCAUCCUUCUCCUCUGACGCUUACCCAUCGGCCACCGCAACGACAACGACGACCACCACCACAGCGACUCACCCCCGAUCCUUCGAAUCGCCUCACCGGAAGUCGCACGACAAAAGCUCUGUUGGAAACACCUUCCUGUGGACCAACUGGCCUAACGGCGACGCCAACCACGAAUCCCAUCAGAAUGAUCGCCAAUUGCUCAGUGAUCUGAAGAACGGUAGCGCAUACUCCCUGAAUGGCCCCCGAUCAAGCGUUAGCUCCUACACGCGCGAACUGCCACACUCCAAAGACGGCAGCAUGCAUUCCAUCGGAAAUGGCUCCGCCAGAGACCCUCGCGACCCCGAGAUAUCGGCCGGCCAUCAGCUAUGCUGGACCGGAAACCCUCGGACGAUGAAUGGCAUGACCGCUUUUAACAUCCGCCCCGCCCAGGGGAAGCCGAUGGUCAAUGGCGACUAUCCUCGUGCUUCUGCAGAGGAACGCUCGAUAUCAGAGCGAGCGGCUAGUCCAUCCAACUCUUCUUUACAGGUUCCCCAUUCCGAAGAUACGGGUCGCAUCUCCCCAGAACCCGAUCGAUUAGCCCCAAGACCGAACCAGCACCGAUACUCGUCCCCUCCCGCCCCCUCAGUAAACGAUGCCAGCUCCAUUCAGGAGUCUCAACCGUCCAGCGUUCGACAACGACACUCCUUACAAGUUCCGCGAGCCCCCAGUGUCCGACGAAAUAGCCGUGAUAUUGGUGAAGAUACUGCCUACAGCAGCGGUCGAUUAUCGCCCACCAGCGCUAACCCACGCCGCACCUCCUUCAGUCUCAUGCGACGCGGAACAAAGACAACACAGUCUGAUGGCAACCUUGAUGAAGCCCAAACGGACGAGGAAGCCGCGCGCUGGGCGGAGGCCAUCAAACAGAAACGAGCGAGACGGCGACGCGAGGAUGAGGAUGAUGAGCGUGUCAUCGUAGGAACUAAGGUCGAUCAGAAUCAUGUGAACUAUGUUACGGCAUACAACAUGUUGACCGGAAUCCGCUUUACGGUCUCGCGCAUCAAUGCGAAGAUGGACCGGGAAUUGACCCCUGCAGACUUCGAUGCCAAGCAUAAAUUCUCUUUUGAUAUCACUGGAAACGAGUUGAUACCCUCGGCAAAGUACGACUUCAAGUUCAAAGAUUACGCCCCUUGGGUGUUCCGCCAUCUUCGUUCGAAAUUCCGCCUCGAUCCCGCCGAUUACCUGAUGUCCCUUACCAGCAAGUAUAUUUUGUCUGAACUGGGCUCCCCAGGCAAGAGUGGCAGCUUCUUCUACUUUUCGCGCGACUACAAAUACAUCAUCAAAACCAUCCAUCACGCUGAGCACAAGCUGCUUCGCAAGAUUCUGCCCGAGUACUACCGACACGUGGAGAAGAACCCCAACACCCUAAUUUCGCAAUUCUAUGGAUUGCAUCGCGUGAAGAUGGCCUAUGGCCGCAAGAUUCACUUCGUUGUGAUGAACAAUCUGUUCCCGCCUCACCGAGAUAUCCACCAAACUUUCGAUUUGAAGGGCUCAACAAUUGGCCGAGAUCUGCAAGAGUCAGAUCUUGAAAGGAACCCGCGAGCGACCAUGAAAGAUCUGAACUGGGUUCGACGCAGUCGUUUCUUGCAGUGCGGGCCCGAAAAGCGAGGCUUCUUCGUGGAGCAGCUCAAACGAGAUGUCGAGCUACUCAAAAAGCUCAAGAUAAUGGAUUACUCUCUGCUGGUCGGAAUACAUGACGCUGAACGCGGCAACGAGGAAAAGUUAAGAGACAAGACUUUGCAGGUGUUCCAGCCCGGGGGCGAGGAAGCCGGUACGAACCAGAACAUGCUGAUGCGGACCCCAUCGAAACUGGAAAACGAACGCAAGGCCCGAGAACUUCGCAUGUUGAUCAAGCGUGAGCGACCUGUGCCUCUAGACAAGGCAGCUGCCAAGAUGCCCGAGGAGAUUCUGGACGAGCGAAAGUUCCACAUUUUCUACACUGAUGAUGGAGGCUUUCGCGCAACCCAUGAGGACGGUUCUCCCGGGGAGGAAAUCUACUACCUAGGAAUCAUCGAUUGUCUGACCCAUUACGGAACGGUCAAGAAGAUCGAGAAUUUCUUCAAGGGCCUUUCAAAUGACCGCACACAAAUAUCUCCCAUUCCACCAGAGGGUUACGGUGAUCGUUUCAUCAACUUCGUUAAAGGGAUCACCAUGUCGAGGGAGGAAGCCCAACGCCGACGGGACUCCCGUGCAUCCCAGGGUACGCGACAGUCGGGCGAAAAGAGAACUUCUCGAGCAUCGUCUGUCGAACGACAGAUGCAAGCAGCUGAGAAGGAGGCUGCCAAGGAUGUCUCAAUUACGCAUCCUCGAACGCUAGCCACUGUCUGGGAUCCUGCAGAUGCAGCAGGCCCAGGCCCAACCUCGACUCUUCCGAUUGUGGACGAAGCAGGUGAGGCGAGCAGCGUUGGUGACCAUAGCCAGAAUGGAGCACCGGUCACCGACAAAGACCUCCCUCCAGUUCCUCGUGAUGAUCGGCCAUUGCCACCUGGGAAAGGCAAGGGGGUUGACCGAGAAGACCAAUUUCUCACCAGCAGCCCACGCAGGUAA